AAGUGCCCAGUUUUGAUGACAGAUUUCGUCUCCAUUAUGUAUCUCCAUUCGUGCAUGUUCUUUCAUGACCGGCUCCAGUCUCGCCGGUAAUAGUUUUGCGCAUGUCGUUCGAGAUUCUUCCAAGAAUCUCACAGGUGUCUCAAAAAGCGCGCUUGCUGUCACUCACUUCAAAAGGCUUGAAGAUUGGUCGCCAACUCUCUUGCGCUCUGGUCAAGACUUUGCGGCCCUCUACUCGGUGUUGUUUCUUCAGAUUCGCCUGCGCAUCAUCACAACUUGCAAGCGCGUUCAAGCUGACAGCACUUGCCUCUGAUCGUCAGUCGGCGCAGCAUCGCACCUUCCGCCUCACCAAAACAAUAGCAGCGGCAAAAUGGAAGGCUCGCCUUCUUCAAAGUCGCUUCCCGGAGCCCUCAUCAGCCCAUCCACUUCUACUCCCGCGAAACCGCCUCCUCGUGAUGUUACACGUCUCGACCGCCUCACUGGUCUACCCUUUGGGCACUUCUUCCCUGAACUUCGAUCGUCAGAAUUUGAUGAGCCCGAUGUUCCAAUCUUCAACGACCCUUUCACCGGCAUACCCAGCGCGCCAUCGGAUACCGUCAGGCUCUACAUGCUGUGCCGUUUGGAUCCUCGCUAUACAUGUUCUUCAAUCCCUGGUUCGCUUUUCUUCCUGUUCAUGUUCGCGCCCCCUUGGAAAGAAGAUUCUCGCCCGUUCAAAGCUCAAAUGCCGCCCGGUUUGAGACCCUUCCGACUCAGGUGUGAGUAUGAGUGCCAGCCUGGCCCGAAGCCCUACUGCCAUCAUCAAAACUCCACCUAUGUGCGUCUCUACACCGAAUGGCUGUUCAGCGGGGGGGCUCCUGCUUCCCUUGCAAAGCUGCACCGUGGAACCAAUGGCUCAACUACUGUGUCGUUCUCUGCAAAAGUGCGAGCAGCUCUCUACUACCUCAGAGCUUAUUGGUUCCGCCAGUACACUCUAGAAUUGACAAUGCCAAUCAUCUCCGACAUCUUCGACCCGACCAAGAAUGUCGAAGACCCUGACGAAGAGGCCUGGUGCAAUAGGAUCAUCCGUACCGAGCCCAGUGAGAUGCCCGCAAUGGUCUGGUCUCAUGCCUAUCCAUUGCCCAAAUCGCCAACCGCUUCUUCACUGCCGAUCGGCUCACAACCUCGGGUUUCCGCAAGCUCAAACGCAAUUGUCCAGACUCAACCCUUUCGUGGCUUUGCAUCUCUACAGCCAACUGAGCCCAACGAUGUUCCCCCUGGCUGGUUUAUUUGGACACCCCCAGUCGUACCGAGACUGCCACCUAUUGCUCGCCGGACUGCUUUUGAGUACAAGCGCUUGAAAGAUCUGAAGUAUGUCGACAGUGUGGUUGCUGCACCUUCGCAUGAGAUGCAUCUCUACUGGGCUGCGAGAGGUAUCAGGCUACCAAGUCCCGAUGCCACCCUCGGCGCCGAGGAAGAAGACUUCGAGGCGAGCGACGCAGGCACAGAUGACAAUCAUCCGACUCAGAGCCUUCGCAAGCAGUUGAUGCACAGGCUCACCCAAGCCCGUCCUACGCACGUCGCUGCCGACACCGACACUCUCAAGCGCGCUCGUGGCCGUCCUCGCAAGUCAGCCACACCUGCUCCUACCUUGCCAGUCGCCAAGCCAACCAGAAUUCGUCUCAUCGCCCCUCGUAGACCGUCCACUCCCGAGCAAACCGCUCUCUUCGAAGAAGCCAUGAAUGACCAAUCGCCACCUCACGCCCACAACGAUGGGUUCGACAAGGCCAACAUGCAGUACUCCAGAGUCACGGAGCAAGCUAACAGUCACUUCAGUCACGAUCUUCAGUGGCAGAUGUACGAUUUGGCAGCAAGGCGUAAAAUAGACGAUCUCAGCGAGGCUUAUAAGAAUGUUGAAGGUGUCGGAGUGCUGGCAUCUGCUUACGAAUCGUGCCUAUACAACCCAGAGGACUUCAAGUAGAGACCUGCCGAGCACUCUAGUGAUAAAUUGCUCAUACUGCAUGGGCGUUUUUCGAUUUAUGGAUCAUUCUGGAGAUUCGGUCUGCUCGCGUGGGGUCGGGAGAUGAAGGAAACUCGCGAUGAUCUAAAUAUCCAUGAGCAAUGACGCUUACCUAUGAUGUGUAAC